AUGAUAAUACUAAAAUUAAUUAACCCAAUUAAAAACCUUCCUACACCAUCCAAUAUUUCUUAUAUAUGAAAUUUUGGAUCAUUAUUAGGAUUAUGUCUUAUAAUACAAAUUUUUACAGGAUUAUUUUUAGCUAUAAACUUUUCUAGUGAUAUUACUACUGCAUUCUCUAUAAUUUCACAUAUUCAACGGGAUGUUAAUAAUGGAUGAUUAAUUCGAUCUAUUCAUGCUAAUGGGGCAUCAUUAUUUUUUGUAUUACUCUAUAUUCAUGUAGGACGAGGAAUUUAUUAUUCCUCUUUUUACUUUAUUAAAGUAUGAUUUUCAGGACUUAUUAUUAUUUUCAUUUUAAUAGCAACUGCCUUUUUAGGGUAUAUUUUACCUUGAGGCCAAAUAUCAUUCUGAGGAGCAACUGUAAUUACAAACUUAAUUUCAGCUAUUCCUUAUGUGGGUAAUUUAAUAACUUAUUGAAUUUGAGGGGGNUUUUCAGUCGAUAAUAACACUUUAAUUCGAUUUUUUNCUCUUCAUUUUAUUCUUCCAUUUAUUUUACUCAUAAUAAUAUUAAUUCAUAUUGUAUUAAUUCAUGAAAAAGGAUCAAGAAACCCUUUAGGACUUUCAAUAAAUUUAGAUAAAAUUCCUUUUCAUCCAUAUUUUACAAUUAAAGAUAUUAUAGGAAUUAUAAUUAUUAUAAUAAUAUUCUCUUUUAUUGUUAUUAUUUGCCCGUAUAUGCUCAUGGAUGCAGAAAAUUUUAAUAUUGCUAAUCCAAUAAUUACUCCCCCUCAUAUUCAACCUGAAUGAUAUUUUUUAUUUGCUUAUGCUAUUUUACGUUCAAUUCCCAAUAAAUUAGGGGGAGUAAUUGCUUUAAUAAUAUCAAUUAUUAUUAUUAUUUCAUUAUCUUUUUCAAUGAAUAAAAAAUUAUCUUCUUCUUUUUACAAUAAUUUAAAUAAAAUUUUAUUUUGAAAUUUAGUAAACUGUUUUUNAAUGUUAACAUAUUUAGGUGCAAUACCUAUUGAAUAUCCAUAUGAUAGAAUAAGAAAAAUUUAUACAACUUUAUAUUUUUUAAUAUUUAUUUUAAUACCUUUAUCAUAG